AUGGCAAGAAAGAAGCAUAGCCGUGGCAAGGGUGCCAAAAAGACGUUUGGUGCGCGCAAUGACAGCAAUGCGCAGAAGGACUGGACAGAGCUGGUGAAGGAGAACGAGAAGUGGGAAAACUACUACAAGCAGCUAGGCGUUGUGCCAGAGGCGGAAUGGGAGGACUUUAAGAAGACAUGCCAGACGCAGCUUCCACUGACAUUCCGCAUCACGGGCUCGCGGAAACAUGCACAGGAGGUGCUCGAGCUUUUCGAGAACGAGCAUUUGCCCAAACUGACUAAUGUCGUGUGGGACGGUGAGAAGGUGGAGGCGCCCAAGGCGCUUCCAUGGUAUGGCGACAACAUGGCAUGGCAAUUAGAUGUAUCGAAGAGUGUAAUUCGGAAGAAUGAAGAAUUUUCUAAGAUGCAGAGAUUUCUAGUCGUCGAGAAUGCUGUUGGUAACAUUUCGCGCCAGGAGGCCGUGUCUAUGAUCCCUCCGAUUGUUUUGGGUGUAGAACCACACCAUUCGGUGCUGGACAUGUGCGCUGCUCCGGGCUCCAAAACAGCCCAGCUAGUUGAGGCGCUGCACGCCAAUGGGCCUGAGCCAUCUGGGUUUGUUGUUGCGAAUGACGCCGAUUACAGAAGAUCGCAUAUGCUGGUCCACCAGCUGAAGAGACUGAACUCUGCGAACCUGAUUGUUGUUAACCACGACGCACAGUUCUUCCCACGCAUAAAAACCGCUGAGGGGUCGAAAGAUUUCUUGAAGUUUGACAGGGUCCUAUGUGACGUUCCAUGUUCUGGAGACGGAACAAUGAGAAAAAACAUCAACGUUUGGAAGGACUGGGGCACCGGUUCCGGUCUUGGCCUACACACUGUUCAAUUGAACAUUUUAAACAGGGGUCUAACUCUACUGAAGAAUGGCGGUCGUCUAGUGUACUCUACGUGUUCUCUAAACCCUAUUGAGAAUGAAGCAGUUGUUGCUGCGGCCUUGAGGAAAUGGGGUGCGAAGAUCAAGUUGGUCAACUGCGAUGACCAGCUUCUAGGCCUUGUUCGCUCCACUGGUAUCAGCUCCUGGCCGGUUCUUGAUAAGAAUUACGAGGAGAAAAACAAGGGUGACGAUGGAACCAUUGCAACAUGGUUCCCACCUUCAGAAGAGGAAGCGAAGGAAUUCAACUUGGAAAACUGUAUUAGAGUGUACCCUCACCAGCAGAACACUGGUGGAUUCUUCAUUUCCGUUUUCGAGAAAAUCAACACCGAACCGGUUGAAACUGCACAAGAUGAGAAAUCGGAAGAGCCUGAGCAAAAGAAGCAGAAACAUGAGCCUGCGCCAAAGAAAGAAAGGCUACCACGUGAUGCGAAUGAAGAGCCAUUCGUUUUUGUUAGUCCUACACACCCGGAAUUGGCCAACUGUUGGUCUUUCUACGGUGUUGACGAUGCUUUUGAUCGAAAUACCUGUCUGGUCCGCAAUGCUGCCGGAGAACCAACUAGAGUGAUCUACCAUGUUGCGACGCCAUUAAAGUAUUUGAUAGAGGCUAACGAAGAUAGAUUGAAGAUUGUGUACUCCGGUAUCAAGCUGUUCGUGUCUCAAAGAAGUGACGUUGGGUGUUCAUGGAGAAUUCAAAGUGAGGCUUUACCUAUCAUGCAACAUCAUAUGAACGAUGCGCGCGUUGUUGACACCAAUUUGGAAAUGUUGAAGAAGCUAUUAUUAGAGGCAUUCCCUCGUUUUGAAGACAUGCAGGAAGCUCAUAUCGAUGAUGAUUUUAUCGCAAAGAUGAGCUCUCUGUCGUCUGGGUGCGCGUUCAUUAGGGUGACCCGUGGCCAAGAUAAGGAAGGGCUGUUCCUCCCUCUCUGGAAUGGCAAUAAGUGUGUGAAUCUAAUGGUAUGCAAAGAGGAUACACAUGAGUUGUUGUACCGUGUCUUUGGUAUCGAAACCACGAGCAAGCAAAACCCUAAAGCAGAGGCGCAGGCAAAGGCGCAGGAAGAGAAGGCAGCUGCCCUAGCUGACAAAGACUCUCCACAAGAGUCAGCUGAGGAUGUGCAGGUAGACGUAUCCGAAUCAGCAGCUGAGAAAGAAACUCCACUUACCGCAGUUCAUACCGAGGCUGAUGCUUCUGAGCAAGUUUGA